AAAAGACAUCGCGUUCGUGGAAUACAUGGACGAAGGCAGCGCUGGGGUUGCCAAAGAUGCUCUUCACAACUACAAGCUUGAUGGCGAGAAUAAAAUCACGGGGAGACUCUCACUUCGUUUCAGAUUACAUCAUUCGCCCGGAAGUGAACUUUUUGUAUUCAAGUUGUUUGCUUUGGAAUUAAUCGAUGCUACUUGAGUUAACAGAGUGGUCCACCUGUUAUCGCCAUGACUGCCUCAACUUGAAGUCCCUCAGGCUAUUUUGCCAAAUGACUUCCGAGUCAAGACUAAGAUUCUAUCACGAGCGUGAACUCGUUUGUCAGAAGAGGAAAGGAAAGUUACAUAUCUCUGACAAAGUUACAACGGAGAUAAGUCCACGUUUUUG